GUUCCUACGCUCCUUCUGCAGUUCCGAGGAUUUAGGAGUUGACCGGGACUCUCUGGAGGACUUCUUCAAGGACUUCUUCUCGUGGGACUCUAUUCUUCGGAGGUGUUCUGUGAGGAGAGACGCGUGGAGACUUGACUCGGAGGAUAAACUCAGAAGACCCACGCACCAUGAAGACGCGGGUCCCCUCCACACUGCCCUCCCUCGCCCUCCUCCUCCUCCUCCACGCCUCCUGCGCCUCCGCCCUGGCCCUCCCGACCGCCGAUCUCGAAACGGCUUCGAGCGAGGUGCGGGCCAAGCGCUACUUCGGCCGACCGGACGGAAUCAAUGACUACUUCGAAUUCGGAGGAGUUUUCGACACCAAUAGCAACAGUUUCGGCAACAGGGAUGGCUAUGUGGGGAAGCCGGAGAGGAAUGUUCUGACGGUGUAUGAGACGCUCACCGUCACCCACACCGAUUACCAGCAGCUGGAAUUGACGAAGACGUUGACCGAAACGAGCAUAAGUUACGUCACACAUCAAAACACCGAAUACAUCACGCAGACCGAGCCACUGCCGAUCUACAAUACGGAAUACGAGACCGAAUUCAGGACCGAAUACGUGACCGAGACCGACUAUCAGGAGGUACCCGUAUUCACUACGGUAUUCCAGACUCAGUACCAGACCGAAUUCCAGAUUGAGACCGAGUACCAAGAAGUACCCGUGUACAGUACGCUCGUGACUACCGUGUACCACACCAAGUACCGGACAGAACAUACCACUACGACAGAGACGGAGAACUACCCUAUUUAUACGACCUACUACACGACUUUCACCGAGACCGAAUACUUACCUACUUACUUGACCGAGACGCACUUCGAUACCCAGCACGUGACGCGAACGGCCACCGUCACCACCACAGCUCUUGACUACGUCACCACAACUGCCUACGUCACCACCACGACUUUCCAGGACGUGUACGUCACCCAGACCCACGAGGUGCCUUCCUACUUCACUGAAACGACGGUCAAACAGCUGGUCAUCACACAGACAGAGAGCAUUCCACACUACAUCACCACGACGGAGGUACGCGAGGUGAUGGUGACGCAGACGACCACCAUCCCCCUCUACCUCACCACCACUGCCAUCUCCGAGGUGCGACUCAUCACCACCAAGCCCAUCAACAACUACCUCACCACCACCGAGCCCCUGUUCAUGGUCAGCACCGUCGACAGGUUCAUCACCACCACCAUACCUGUCUACGUCACCCGAACGUCGACGGUGCAAGUGCAGAAAAGUCCUCAAAGUUACAACACCAUAGACGGGCGGCGAUGGAUGUGGUCGGCGAGUGGGUGAUGUGGCAACACUGCACAUCGUUGCCAGGUUGAAGAGUGCGAGAAAAGCGGCUCUCCGUGGCAGCUGUCUGUGUAAUGUUGUGGCGAUGUCUCAGCUGUUGAGUUAUGUCAUGUUUAAUUAAGGAUGUUAAUGCAUUUACACGUUAAUGGAGCUACACCUCAGGCAGGUUCCUUCGCUGUGCUUGUUUUGAGGUUGAUGUAAAUAACAGUUUUGUUUGUUUCUUAUUUUUAUUCUCUGUCGUCGUCGUUUUUUGAGA